UGCUAAACAAGAGAAGAAUGGCCUUUGCUAUGGUGGGAGAGGCUCUCAUCUCUGCUUCUGUGCAAACCUUGUUGGAUAGGAUUACUUCUUCAGAGUUUCGAGAUUACUUUGCCAACAGAAAGCUCAAUGUUUCUCUCUUGGAUGAGCUGAAGAUAAAGUUGUUGUCACUCAAUGCUGUGCUGAAUGAUGCUGAGGAAAAACAGAUCACUGAUCUUGCAGUGAGGGCAUGGCUUGAUGAGCUCAAAGAUGCUGUCUUAGAUGCUGAGGACUUGUUGGAUGAAAUCAACACAGAUUCUUUGAGGUGCAAGGUGGAGGGAGAAUCUAAAACCUUCACUAACCAGGUCAGAUCAUUCCUUUCUUCUCCCUUUAAUCAAUUUUAUCGGAGCAUGAAUUCCAAGCUUGAAGCAAUAUCUACAAGGCUAGAACAUUUUGUGAAACAUAAAGAUAUUCUUGGUUUGCAAAGUGUUUCUAGAAGAGUAUCUUCCAGAACAGUUAAAGAUUCAUUGGUUGAAUCUGUUGUUGUUGCAAGGGAAGAUGACAAAGAGAAGCUCCAGAGAAUGCUUUUAUCUGAUGAAGAUGGGAAGAAGAAUCAUAUGGAAGUGCUGACAAUAUUGGGCAUGGGUGGUCUGGGAAAAACAACACUAGCUCAAUGUCUUUAUAAUGAUAAUGCAGUGCAGAAACAUUUUGAUUUGACAAUUUGGGCAUGGGUAUCUGAUGAUUUUGAUGUGUUUAGAGUUACAAAGACAAUUGUUGAAUCUGUCACUUCUAAAAAGAGUGAUAGUACUAAUUUAGAUGCACUUCGGGUUGAAUUGAAAAACAACUUAAGAGAUAAAAAAUUCUUGCUUGUGCUGGAUGACCUUUGGAAUGAAAAAUACAAUGACUGGAAUCAUUUAAUAGCACCUUUUACAAGUGGAAAGAAGGGAAGUAAGAUCAUUGUGACAACCCGACAACAUAGAGUUGCACAAAUAACACAUACAUUUCCCAUAUGUGAGCUGAACCGUCUAACAGAUGAAAAUUGUUGGUGUAUACUUGCAAAACAUGCAUUUGGAAAUGAAGGAUUCAUCAAAUAUCCGAUGCUAGAAGAAAUUGGUAGAAAAAUCGCAAGAAAAUGCGAUGGCCUACCACUAGCAGCUAAAACAUUGGGAGGUCUUUUGAGAUCAAUUGUUGAUGUAGAGGAAUGGAAUAGAAUUUUGAAAAGCAACUUAUGGGCACAUAAUGAUGUUACACCUGCUUUACGCAUAAGUUAUCUUCAUCUUCCGGCACAUUUGAAAAGAUGUUUUGCUUAUUGCUCAAUUUUUCCCAAACAACAUUUGUUGGAUAGGAAGGAAUUGAUUUUGUUAUGGAUGGCUGAAGGCUUUCUUCAACAAAUCCAUGGAGAGAAAUCAUUAGAAUCAGCAGGGGAUGAAUGCUUUAAUGAAUUAUUAUCUAGAUCUUUAAUUGAAAAAGACAAAGCUAUAACAGAGGAAAAGUUUCGAAUGCAUGACCUCACAUAUGAUUUAGCUAGACUAGUAUCGGGAAAAAGUUCUUACAACUUUGAUGGUGAUGAAAUCCCAAGAACUACUCGUCAUUUAGCAUUUCUUAAAGAAUAUUUGUGUAUGAGCUGA